UUGUCUUUUCUUAGGCUGUGAAGAUUGGGUCAUUUAAAGUCAAUAUCCUGCUGCAGUUUCUUCACUUCAACAGACGUCCUGCGUCUCUUUCGAAAAAGAUGACAGCAUCCUCCUGGAAAGUGAUUCUUUUUGCAAAGACAGCCUUUUUGGGCAUCAUGUGCUGGAUCUUUGUAUAUUUUCUUUUGUUUAAGAAGCCAUUUCUUGGUUGCACAUCCACAUUAGUUGGUAAGGAUGACUUUGACGUCAUGGGUCCCCAUCAAAAACCCACAGUCCUGGUUUGGUGGUGGCCUUAUGAGAAGAAGUUUAACCAAACGGCCUGUUUAACUUACUUCAACGUUGACAGCUGCAUUCUCACUGAUAACAGAUCCCUCUACCACAGAGCAGAGGCCGUCAUUUUCUUUCACUUGCACAUCAAUUUGCAAAACAUGCCAAAGGAUCCGCGACCGGCUUUUCAAAAGUGGAUUUGGUUUUAUUUGGAAUCCCCAAGAAACACACAGAGAAAAGCGGGACUGGAUAACCUGUUCAACGUAACAAUGAACUACAGAAGAGAUGCUGACAUCACAACAAAGUACGAGCUGACAAUCAGACCAGACAUAAAGGAUGACUUUGUUUUGCCCAAGAAAGACAAACUGGUGUGUUGGAUUGUCAGUAAUAAUGCUAAAAGUACUGGAACAGGUACCAGAGAGAAUUAUUACCAUGAAUUAGCCAAACACAUUGAAAUUCAUGUCUUCGGUUCAGCUUUUGGGGGUCGUCGUUUAGCUCAUAAUGAGUAUUACUCAACCAUUGCUAGUUGCAAAUUUUACCUGUCAUUUGAAAACUCAAUCCACAAAGACUACAUCACAGAGAAGGCAAACGCGCCUCUGUCAGUCGGUACAGUGCCGGUGGUUUUGGGUCCACCAAGAGAAAACUAUGAGCAGUUUAUUCCCGCUGAUUCAUUCAUUCAUGUAAAUGAUUUUCCUGAUGCAAAGUCAAUGGCAGAUUAUCUGCUUUCCCUGGCAAACAACAGUGAGUCCUACAUGCGUUACUUGGAGUGGAGGAAAUACUUCAAAGCCACUCCUCACCUCCUGACGCUCGACUUGGAGUUCCUUCAGCCCCUCUGCAUCGCUUGUGACUACAUGUCCAGAGACAAUUCUUACCAUGAGGUUCAUGACCUUAAUAAGUGGUAUUUUUCUUGAGCACCACAUUGAAAACUUCAUCUGUUUAUGGUGUUUAUGAAAUUGUCUGGGUUACUAACACAAUCAGUUCUGCAUGAUGUUUUUAAGGUAUGAAAAAAUCACAUCAAUCAUAUUAAAUAUAGAGAUAGAACAGGUGGCUCAGUGGUAUAAGGAGUUGUGCUUCCACUUUGUACACCUGGAUUUGAUUCCUGCUUACCUGGACAAGAAUCUUCAUCUUAGGCCUGUUUCAGAAAGCAUGUUCAACAAGCACAAUCAGAGAUUUCUGACAUCCGCCAAUCUGGAUUUGGAUCACCUCCAAAAUUCAGUGGAGCCUUCCAUGCCCUAAUAUCUAUCUGUGGUGCAGUACAUACCUACAUUGCUAGAUUUUAUUAAUCUUGCUGGACUCUGCUGAACUUUGCUGGCAAUGAAGCUUCAAAGCCACAGAAGAAGAACAAACAGGCCAAACCUUCCCCUCCUGCACGCAACAUACACAGCCACUCCUGCGUAAUAGAUGGAU